AUGCGCGCCGCGUCUCGUUCGCACCGCGCCAUCACCCGCGCCGAUAUCGACGUCGACGACCUCGAGCGCGAACUCACCGAGUUCCGCGACGUCGUCGACGGAUGGCGACGCGAACAACUCGCUCGCGAGCGACGCAUCGACGACGCGCGAUCGCAUCGACGACGAUUACUGGAGCGCGAACGCGACGGUUUACUGCGACGAGAGCAGGAAUUGAUCGCGAAACAGUCCGAGCACGCGGCGGAAGCGACGAGGAUCGAGCUCGAGAUGGAACAGUCGAGGGAGGAGGCGGAGCGGGCGCGGGAGCUCGCGGAGGGACUGCCAGAGCGGCUGGCGCGCGAGCGAGAGGCGCUGAGGAACGAACGGUCGACGCUGGAGCGAGAAGAAGGAAAGGUGGUGGGCACGAGCGCGAUGGCAAAGUUGGACGCGCUGCGAGAGGCGCGAGAGAUGUACGCCGAGCGUCUGGGGUUGUGGUUUGAGUACGGGCAAGGCGAGCGGUUGAGGCUUCGGUUUAAAUACGUCGACGCCAGGGCGCCGGAGAAGGAGUUCGUGUUGGCGGUGCGCCUGCGAGGGAGCGCGUACGAGGUCGUGGAGUGCGAACCGGCGAUUGAGACGAUCGAGUCGUUGGCGAGGGAGUGUAACCGGUCGAACGAUUUCGGGAAGUUUGUGCGAGACGUUCGCAGAGCGUUCGUCGCGCUCGCGAACGGGACGAUCGCGAUGGACGACGCCGAUCCCGGGAGUCCGACGAUGGUUGAGACGCGACGCUCGACGCGAUCGUCUCGACGGUAG